AUGUCCUUGUGCCAGAACCGUCUUACGGAGGAGAGGUAUGUGUCUGAUAACGCCGCAUAUGCCCCAUCUUCACUAACUGCGAAUGCGAACUACUACAGAAAACAGUGGAGGCGCGACCAUCCUUUCGGCUUUUACGCGAAACCACACCGAACCCCUCAGGGCACGCUCGACUUGAAGAGAUGGGAGUGCGGUAUCCCCGGAAAGGCGCAGACACUUUGGGAGGGUGGACUUUUCAAGCUGGAUGUUACGUUUCCUGACGAGUAUCCCACGAAGCCGCCAAAAUGCAAGUUCGUCCCUCCACUUUUCCACCCGAACGUCUACCCCUCCGGCACCGUCUGUCUUUCCAUCUUGAACGAAGAGGAAGCCUGGAAACCUGCUAUCACCAUUAAGCAAAUUCUCUUGGGUAUCCAGGACUUGCUGGAUGACCCCAACCCGGAGUCACCUGCGCAGGCGGAAGCAUACAACUUGUUUAAGAAGGACCGCCCUGCUUAUGAAAAGCGGGUGAGACAAGUCGUGCGGGAGAAUCCCGCUCUUUAA